UAAAGUGGUAAAUUCAACAUCAACAAAAGUCAAAUUUCAUUUAUUCACAAAAGUGAGACAAAAUUUCGAAUCAACCCUUACAUAGGGUCAUUCGUACAAAUUUUCCAUCAACGAGCUCCUCCAUCCCUCCAACCAAAUCGUCUAAUUAGGUUAGAAAUCGUCUAACACGUGCUGUUGUGUUUCUUCCGUCGCCGGAGAAGGAAGACCGUUACUACGCCACCAGAGGAUCCACGACGACGGUGGUGGAUGAGAACGGCCACGAGGAAAGAGGAAGCAGCUUUGUUUUACCAAAGCUGUUGAUUGCUCCGUUUUAGCAGCUUCUGUCGUCUCUCUCCCUCUCGUGAUUGCUCUCUUACCUUGCAGAAGAAGAACAAAAAUCAACCUGUGAGAAAUAAACAAACAAGAAUGACAUAAGCUUUUUCUGAUUAUUUCAGACAGAAUGGGCCAAAAGAAGGAAAAGAAAAAACAGAAAUUCAAUUCCCAAUCUGAUAAAACACUUGCAGAACAGAAUUUCAGAACAUGAAUUGAUGCUAAACAGAAACAGAGUAUUCAAAAGGGGGUUUCGAUUUUCACCUGAAACAUGGGGCAGAAAAUUGAAAAGAUUGUGAUUCCGGAAGUGGGUUUAUGGUGAAGAAUUAAUGGAAGAAGUUUUGGGAGUUUUUGUUUCUGAAGAAUUUUAGUGAAGAAUAAUAGGGGGUUGAUGUUUGAAAAAAAUGGAGUUGUAGGUCGAUUGCCAUUUCUUAUAUUUGUACAAUGUUUAUCAGAGGGUGUUUAACUUUUUUAACUUCUCACUUUAUGAGAUGGAAAAAGCAAUUGGUGUAAUGUUGUCUACUCAAGUACCUUGCUCUGGCUAUCUAGGCCUUAUAAAGGUGAAAAAUGUCAUCUUCCUGAUUUUCGUCGUGGGAGUCAACCAAGAGAGGGAAAAAAGAGUUGAUAGAAUGGGAUCGAAGAGGCGGAACAAUAGUCUUCUAGAUGAGGAAGAGUUGGGCCCAGACUUAAAGAGGCAUAAAUUACUCGGGGAGGUGUCACCUUCUUCUCCACCUGCCUCAGAGAACCCUCAGCUUCCUGGUUUUAACUAUGGUGAUGAUGAAGAAGAAGAAGAAUACAAAUUUAAACAAAAUGGAAGUAGAUAUGAUGGAGAUGAAGGGGAUGACAAUGAUGAUGAGGAAGAUGAUGAAGAACAUGACGAUGAUGCAAAUCAUGUUAAGCGAAGUCGUGAUGUUGAAGUUCGAAAAGAUUGUCCUUAUCUUGAUACUGUAAACCGUCAGGUUUUGGAUUUUGAUUUUGAGAAGUUUUGCUCUGUCUCUCUGUCAAAUCUAAAUGUUUAUGCCUGCCUGGUAUGUGGUAAAUACUAUCAAGGGAGGGGGAAGAAGUCUCAUGCUUACACUCAUAGUCUUGAAGCUGGACACCAUGUGUAUAUCAACCUUCGGACAGAGAAAGUUUACUGCCUUCCCGAUGGAUAUGAGAUUAAUGACCCCUCAUUAGAUGAUAUUCGAUAUGUCCUGAAUCCAAGGUUUGCCAAAGAGCAGGUAGAGCAGCUUGACAAGAACAAGCAAUGGUCUAGGGCACUCGAUGGUUCUGAUUACCUCCCUGGAAUGGUGGGGCUUAACAACAUUAAAGAAACUGAUUUUGUAAAUGUGACAAUCCAGUCCUUAAUGAGGGUUACACCACUCAGGAACUUCUUCCUAAUACCCGAGAACUAUCAGCACUGCAGAUCUCCACUUGUUCACCGGUUUGGUGAACUCACACGUAAGAUUUGGCAUGCAAGAAACUUCAAAGGACAGGUAAGCCCGCAUGAAUUCCUGCAAGCAGUUAUGAAGGCUAGUAAAAAACGCUUUCGAAUAGGUGCACAGUCAGAUCCUGUUGAAUUUAUGUCAUGGUUUCUUAACACACUUCAUUCAGAACUGCGAAUUACAAAGAAAAGUAGCAGUAUAAUCUACGAGUGUUUCCAGGGGGAAUUGGAGGUUGUCAAAGAGAUUCACUCAAAAGCUCUUGCUGAGAAGAAAGAAAAUGGUGACGAUCAGGAUGCUGGAACUGAAGAUAGCAGUGUGGUUAUGGAAACUUCAAGAAUGCCAUUCUUAAUGCUUGGAUUGGAUCUACCACCGCCACCUCUUUUCAAAGAUGUUAUGGAGAAAAAUAUAAUACCACAGGUUCCACUCUUCAACAUUUUGAAAAAAUUUGACGGUGAAACUAUCACAGAAGUUGUACGGCCACGUAUAGCAAGGAUGCGCUACCGAGUUACUCGACUGCCUCAGUAUUUAAUUCUUCAUAUGCGGCGAUUUACAAAGAACAACUUUUUUGUGGAAAAGAAUCCCACAUUAGUGAACUUUCCCGUCAAGAAUUUAGAAUUGAAGGAUUAUAUCCCCUUGCCAACACCUAAAGAUAAUGAAAAAUUGUGUUCAAAGUACGAUUUGAUUGCAAAUAUUGUUCAUGAUGGGAAACCCAAUGAAGGGUACUACAGGGUAUUUGUACAGAGGAAGUCAGAAGAAUUAUGGUACGAGAUGCAGGAUCUUCAUGUCUCAGAAACACUUCCUCAAAUGGUUGCUCUCUCUGAGGCUUAUAUGCAGAUAUAUGAACGACAGCAAUAGAUAGGAAGUUCAAUAUCUACAUCUAAUUAGCGAAUUAGUUUUGUUAAUUUCCCUCUAGAAAAUAUGUACCUGUACUUAAACAGGAGAUGAGAGUAGAUAAAGCUUUGAAAUCCGUGAUAUAAUGGAAGCUUCCUACUACUAAUCUCUUUGUUUAAUUGUAGAAUCAAUUGUCACAUUGAACAUACCUUGGAAACUUGAACUGAAAAGGUCUAGACUGUUUUUAGCUACACUCUCCUUUCAGAAAAGUAGGUGAAAUUUUGUUGCCUAAACUACUUUUCAGUUUCUGUAACAUAAUGAUAAUAUUAGGGCUGUAAUUUUCAUCAUUCUAAAUUUUUCCAUGCAAUGGGAUAACUUUUCUGUGUUCAGAGUA